AGUCACACAACUUCCUCAAAACAGACGCGAACAAAACACAGUCCAGUGGGAGGAUUCAGCAGAAAACAUUCUGACCUUUUUUUCCAUUAAACAUCUAAAUUAUAUAUUAUCGAUGCAUAAAAAUCGCGCGCGAAACGAAAUAUCCCAUUUUUAAGGCGUAAUUUGGUUACUUGGCGUUCAGAGAGUUGUGUAAAUUAAUCCACCAACAACAUGAACGUCGAUGCUGCAUUAGCAGCGCCGAGCGGAGCCGCGAGCACAAACUCAUCAACCCCGAGCAGCAGCAGUAACUGUGUCCAAAACAGCAACUCAGCCGCUAAUGUCAGCAGUUUACCUUCAACUGGUAGCACUAAUGUUCCGACCUCAGCUGCCAUGGCAACACCCUCUUCAGGCUCCUCUGUGUCCAAUGGGCUCUACAUGCCCACAGGAUUAGCCAACGGGGACGUGAAGCCCAUCAUCUCCAGCACACCACUGGCUGAUUUCCUAAUGCAGCUGGAAGAUUACACACCAACGAUCCCAGAUGCAGUUACGGGAUAUUAUCUCAAUCGAGCAGGAUUUGAAGCAUCAGAUCCAAGGAUAAUCCGUUUGAUCUCAUUGGCGGCUCAGAAGUUUGUCUCAGACAUUGCAAACGAUGCACUACAGCACUGUAAAAUGAAGGGCACUGCAUCUGGAAGCUCUCGGAGCAAGACAAAGGAUAAGAAGUACACCCUGACAAUGGAGGACCUAAGUCCGGCUUUGUCUGAAUAUGGCAUCAACGUUAAAAAGCCUUACUACUUCACGUAAAAAAUUAAAAACCUAACAUCCUGAAACGAACUGCUGAAAGUAACCUGGCUCCAUAAACAGGUGUCCCCACAGUAGAGACCUGACUUUUAAACAGUGAAAAGCUUUUGGUCCAUGUGACACAGAGAAGGCUGUGUGCUCUUUUCAUUUGUUUAGCCAUUUCUUUGAAAUUUUCUUUGAUUUUGCUUAACCAUGGAUGUGAUUCAUUACACAUUUGUACUAUUGGAUUCAUGGAAAUAAACAGAAUUCGUCACUUA